GUCAGCGUAAGUUUCACUUCCGGUGUCAUAAUUCAGCGCGCUGAAUUUAACGGUUGGUUUUCUGACACCGGUGCUGUUUCGUGAAAAGAAGGAUGGAGACUGAUCGAAUGGAGACGGCCAGCAAGCCAAAUAUCAACGUGGAGGUCCACGUCAAAUCCGUCAGCACAGCAAAACUGUCUGAGGUGCGUACACAAGUUGAGGCUCUACUGAAUCGUCACAGUGUAUUUUUUGGGAACUACAAAUGGACAGAGUUUGAUGAAGAGUUCCUGCAGAGGAAUGUAGAAUCAGUAGCUAUUGUUGAUCUUGAAGUAAUGUCACAGCUACUUGAUUUAAAGAGCUGCUCUGUCUCUAUUCAUAUCUUCACCCUGAAUGAGGAAGUGCCCAACAUGCUCAAUUUACAGGAGGAUGAGGACCUCUCAGCAGCAAAUCACUGGAUGUUGCCAGCAGAGUCACCCCGAAGUCCGACGCGUGCGAGACAGCAGCAGAGAGGACGCCCCCGGAGCCAUCCAGCCAGCCGGGAAGCAAUCCCAGCCCCCCCGGACCGAAGCAUGAAGUGGCACCCGGAGACGACCCCCGAGCAGCCGAACUGCACGACUGGUUUCACGGCACCAAAAUGUUAGGUAGUUUUAUUUUCCCAUCCAGGGUUACCUUAGGGAAAGUUCAACACGCCGGCGUUAUAUUAAUAAGCCGAUCGAUUCACCCAUACCAAUCUUUACUAACGAUAAACAAUUUAGACUUUGCAAAGUGGAGAGAGAUAAAAUGAUACACACGAGUCGGUAGUCAAUUCGCUCUCAUCAGACAGAACCCUCAGAAAGCAUUUAUUAAGGACACACAAAAAUGGUAAACGCACACACAUUUACACACACACAUGGAGAGGUUCUCACAGCCUCUCAGUGAGGAAGGAACACCAGGUACAGGUUUUACAACAACAGAGCCGUCUGACCCAUAACCCAGAGUACUGCUGAUAAGUUCUGGUACUGAGUGCAAGGUCAGUCCUCCCUGUUGGAGGAAUAGAAGCGGAUAAACAAUGAACCUUCGUUUAACCUCCAGAUGUCAAACCAUUAAAGACAUUAUUAACAGUAAAAUAUCAGUUUUUUUCCAACAGGCAGCAAGGAGGAGGAGGCAGGGCAGGGUGUUUACAGCUAGGGAUGAGCGUACGGAUAAAGAUUUUUGACAAAUACGAGCAUGAAACGAGUGUAAAACUCGUAAAUAUCUGUAAUCGUGAUGAAGGAAAAUCCUCACUGGGUAACUGACUGUCUUCACGCUCUGUGAUUGGUCAGUCACAUAGAGCGCCCGCCCCUCCCUACACACAAAACUCAGCAGCUGGGAGCUCAGUCAGCUCGGCCCAGGCAUCCACGCACGCAUGCAGACAGUAAGCCGGGCGUACACUGUGCGACUUUUUCACUUUUUUGAGCAGAUUUUCCAGUCGUGCGAGAAUCCACGAGAUCGGGGCAAGUUUUGCGCUGAGAGUCGUGUAGUGUACAGGGGGUUACGAGAGGCGAUUAACACCACGUGACCAGCUACCGAUCAGCAAUCGUGAGCUCGCACGGACUUCUGGCGUGUUUAAUAUUUUGCUCGUCCCUCGUGAGGGUAUCGCACUGUUGAAGCGGCGCUGUGAGCGGCUGCGACCCAAUAAGUAUCAGAACCGCUCACGCCGCAUGCGCAAUCCUGCAUCAACACCGCUCGCCCUCUAUUUCCCUAAUAACACACGUUGUUCGUUUUUAUUUCUACACUUUUUUUUUUUACUCACAAAGAUUGUCAAGAAAGCGUGUUUGUCGUGUUCAUGUCAAAUUAAACUGAUCACAAAACACAGAUUUACUUUCUUUAUUUCGUUUUCCUCAUCCAACCCCCAUAAAUCCCUGUGUGUCCUCCUGCAGCACUCCCGAAGGACAACAGGCAAGACAAGACAAAAAAGUCUGAUGUGUUGAGUAAAAACUGCUAUUUUUAGCAUAUUUUUUAGGGCCGACGUGUUGCUACCAGAUGUACAGUGUGAGCAGUCAGGUCGCAUCCGAGAACUGGGACGUACAGUGUGAGCACAUGACUCGUGAGAUCUGCCCUGCGAGGAAGUCGUACAGUUUGAGCUGAAGCUGAGAGCUAUGACUGAAAAAGUCGCUCUGUCAUGUUCUGAGGUAAUGAUUUAACCCAAGACAUGCAGAAUCAAUACACUGGAGCAGGAUGUGAAAAAAUAAAGAUUUAUUGGGUAACUAGAACUCAGGGUGAACUGGAAACCCAGUGAAUGGGUUAACGGGAGCAGCGUCUGAGGGGAGGGAAACAGAGGUGAGUCCUUGAUUGAUACUGUAGUACGGUAGAGGAUGAGCUUGGUAGGAGGACUUACAGACGUAGCAUGGUGGAGGAUCUCCAGGGAGGGGUGAGCUGGGAGAGUGAAUGAGUGUUCCGGGAUGAAGAAGAGCGGCGAGGUUUUACAACCGGAGGGGAGGAGAGAGAGAGCCAGU